AUGUGGCAACUACUUGGACGCGUUGUGCUGCUGGCAUUGGCCACAAGCGUAGUUCGAGGCGACGAUGGCUUUCUGACAGAGCCUCCAGAUUACAUUAAGCAAUGUAAGAUAGCCGAUAAGAAUUUCGUCAACUGUUCCACCCAAAGCAUACAGCAGCUCUUCGAUAAACUGAACGAUGGCAUACCGGGUCUGACAAGCAUCAAGAGCUUCGAUCCAUUCCACUUGAAUCGCAUCAGGAUAUCCCAGGGCAAUAGCAAUGCGAUUAAUCUGAAAGUCGAGCUGGCCAAUGUGAAAAUCAGUGGAUUUGGACACACAAAUGUCAUGGAGAGUCUUGUGUUCAAAAAGGAUUACAGCUGGAAGACAACGUUCACGUUGCCUGUGAUGAAGCUGCAAGGUGAUUACAGUUUAUUCGGCCGCAUUCUCCUAAUACCCCUCAAUGGGCGUGGCCAGGUCUUUCUGGAUGCAGAUAACCUGACUGUCACCAUGCACACCAAAACGAGGUUGUAUGAGAAGGGCGGUUUCACUUUCUAUAAUGUCACCAGUUGUCGCGUGGACUUUAAAAUGGAUGGCCUCAAAUCGUACUUCUCGAAUUUGUUCAAUGGCAAUAAGCAACUAGAGGACAGUACGAACAAGUUCUUCAACGACAACUGGCGCAUGCUGGCCGAUGCUUUGUACACGGUGAUUACACAGACCAUCGAGGAUAUUAUGCUGGAUAUUCUGAAAAAGAUAUUCCACUUUAUACCGGCGAACUAUUUCGUCAGCGAUAUUCCGACACCGGAACAACUCUAUGGCAAAGCGAAGACAAAGUCGAAGCCAAAAUAAAACACCUGAUGUAAUGUUUAAUGGUUUCGGCUGACUUAAAAUAAUAAUUA